UCUGUUUUAUACAGUAGAUUAAAAUAUAAAGAUUCCUGGUUAACUAAUAAUCCUUGUCUUUCUGAAAAUACUGAAGAUUGUGAUUUUAUUAUAUCUGACUCGGAGUCACUGUCAGAAUAUAAUAAUAAACUUAAGGAAGAGAGCAAGGACUAUAUUCCUAUAAAUAAUAUAUAA